CGUGGUGGGGCUUGGGCCGCCUGGCCGGCUCGGGGCUCGGCUGGCUCAGUCUGGCGCGGGGGGUCCCGGAGCGGCGCGGCGGGAGCGCUCGGGCCCGUGGCGGCGGCGCAGGCCGGGAAGGGGGGGGCCCAGCCGGGCCCGGGGCGGGGGGAGCGCGGCGGAGCCUGGCGGCGGCGGCGAAGCAGCGGCCUGGGGGCUCCCCCCGGCGUGCGCGGGCCAAGCGGGCCGGGCCGGCGGCCGCGGCGGGGGCUAUGACGCACCCGCUGCGGGGCUCCGCACCCCCGCGUGUCCCGCAGGCAGGUCCGGCGCGCGGCUGAGAACGUCCAACCGGCGGUAUGGCCUCACAGCUGCAGGUGUUCUCCUCUCCGUCAGUAUCCUCGAGUGCCUUCUGCAGUGCCAAGAAACUGAAAGUGGAGCUCUCUGUCUGGGAUGUUUCAGGACAGAGCAGUAGUGACACAUAUUAUACCCACAGCAAAAACCUCCCAGCAGCUCAAGGGCAAGCAAGCUCCUCUCAUCAGGUAGCCAACUUCAGCAUCCCUGCUUACGAUCAGAACCUCCUGCUCCCUGCUCCUUCAGUUGAGCACGUUGCAGUUACAGCAGCUGACAGCACAGGCAGCAGUGCAACAGCGUCCUUCCAGAACAGCCAAACCCUAACACGUAGGAGCAACCUUUCUUUACUGGAACCAUACCAAAAAUGUGGAUUAAAAAGGAAAAGUGAAGAGGUUGACAGCAACGGUAGUGUGCAGAUAAUUGAGGAACAUCCACCUCUCAUGCUGCAAAACAGACCUGCGGUGGGUGCUGCGGCCACAACCACCACGGUAACCACUAAAAGCAGCAGUUCCAGUGGUGAAGGUGAUUAUCAGCUGGUCCAGCAUGAGAUCCUGUGCUCUAUGACAAACAGCUAUGAGGUCUUAGAAUUCCUGGGCCGGGGGACAUUCGGGCAGGUAGCAAAAUGCUGGAAGCGUAGCACAAAGGAGAUUGUAGCCAUCAAAAUCCUGAAAAACCAUCCUUCCUACGCUAGGCAGGGCCAGAUAGAGGUGAGCAUCCUCUCUCGCCUGAGCAGUGAGAAUGCUGAUGAAUAUAACUUCGUUCGCUCCUAUGAGUGCUUUCAACACAAGAAUCAUACAUGCCUUGUAUUUGAGAUGCUGGAACAGAACUUAUAUGAUUUCUUAAAGCAAAAUAAAUUCAGUCCGUUGCCCUUGAAAUACAUCCGGCCAAUUCUGCAGCAAGUGGCUACCGCCUUGAUGAAGUUGAAGAGCUUGGGUCUGAUACAUGCUGACCUGAAACCAGAAAACAUCAUGUUGGUGGAUCCUGCACGCCAGCCCUACAGAGUGAAGGUGAUUGACUUCGGUUCAGCCAGCCACGUGUCUAAAGCAGUGUGCUCCACUUACUUGCAGUCGCGUUAUUACAGAGCUCCUGAGAUCAUACUGGGUUUACCAUUCUGUGAAGCUAUUGACAUGUGGUCGCUGGGCUGUGUGAUAGCUGAGCUGUUUCUAGGCUGGCCUCUGUAUCCAGGAGCAUCUGAGUAUGAUCAGAUCCGUUAUAUUUCACAAACUCAAGGCUUGCCAGCGGAGUAUCUUCUCAGUGCGGGAACGAAAACAAGCAGGUUUUUUAACAGAGACCCAAAUUUGGGAUACCCAUUGUGGAGGCUAAAGACCCCAGAAGAACAUGAGUUGGAGACAGCAAUAAAAUCAAAAGAAGCUCGGAAAUAUAUAUUCAACUGUUUGGAUGAUAUGGCGCAGGUGAAUAUGUCUACAGACUUAGAAGGAACUGACAUGUUGGCAGAGAAGGCUGACCGAAGGGAAUAUAUUGAUUUGUUGAAGAAAAUGUUGACAAUUGAUGCAGAUAAGAGAAUUACUCCACUGAAGACUUUGAACCAUAAUUUUGUUACAAUGGCACAUCUACUGGAUUUCCCACACAGUAAUCAUGUGAAAUCCUGCUUUCAGAAUAUGGAGAUCUGCAAGAGAAGAGUUAAUAUGUAUGAUACAGUGAAUCAGAUUAAGAGCCCGUUCACGACUCAUGUUGCUCCUAAUACAAGCACAAAUCUCACAAUGAGCUUUAACAACCAGCUCAAUACAGUACACAACCAGGCCAGUGUAUUGGCUUCCAACUCUACUGCAGCUGCUACUCUUUCCCUGGCAAACUCGGAUGUGUCACUGCUAAACUAUCAGUCUGCUCUGUAUCCAUCAUCUGCAGCACCAGUUGCAGGAGUAGCACAACAGAGUGUUUCCCUGCAACCUGGAACCACCCAGAUCUGCACGCAGACUGAUCCAUUCCAGCAAACGUUCAUUGUUUGUCCCCCUGCUUUCCAAACUGGACUUCAGGCAACUACAAAGCAUUCUGGGUUCCCAGUAAGGAUGGAGAAUGCUGUCCCAAUUGUACCACAAGCACCUGCAGCACAGCCACUGCAGAUCCAAUCUGGCGUUCUUACACAGGGAAGCUGUACACCACUAAUGGUAGCAACUCUUCAUCCUCAAGUAGCCACCAUCACGCCGCAGUAUGCGGUCCCCUUUACUCUGAACUGCGCAGCCGGCCGGCCAGCGCUAGUAGAACAGACGGCUGCAGUACUGCAGGCCUGGCCUGGGGGAACCCAGCAGAUACUGCUUCCUUCCACCUGGCAGCAGCUCCCAGGGGUUGCUUUGCACAACUCCGUUCAGCCAGCAGCUGUGAUUCCGGAGACCAUCAGCGGCAGCCAGCAAUUAGCUGACUGGAGGAAUGCACAUUCCCAUGGAAAUCAGUAUAGCACUCUCAUGCAGCAGCCAUCGCUACUGACCAACCAUGUGACAUUAGCCACAGCACAGCCUCUGAGUGUUGGAGUUACUCAUGUUGUUAGGCAGCAGCAGAGCAGCAAUGUUCCAGCAAAGAAGAACAAGCAGCCAGCACCAAGCGUGGCCAAGCCCAGCUCAACUGUAGAGGCUGUGCCCUCCCAGGUUUACUCGCUCAUUGGCAGCAGUCCUCUGCGCUCCACCUCCUCCUCUUCCAAUGUGCUCAUCCUAGUGCCGGAGCAGCACCAGCCCAUCGUGAUCCCAGACACUCCAAGCCCACCUGUCAGUGUCAUCACCAUUCGCAGUGACACUGAUGAGGAAGAGGACAGCAAAUACAAACCUGCCAGUUUGAGCAUGAAGCAGAGAUCCAAUGUCAUCAGCUACGUUACUGUUAAUGACUCCCCUGAUUCCGACUCCUCCCUGAACAGCCCCUAUGCCGUAGACACACUUGCCUCUCUGGAGAGCACAGGCGGUGCCCUGGAGCUGCCAACUAGAGAGGCAGCUGACAGCUCCAGCUCUCGGAAUAUCAUUGUGCCACCACUGAAGACACAGCUCAGUGACUGUGUUGUAGCUACCCAAGUGUCAGGCAUCCUGAGCAGCACCAGUAAGACCAAGCCAGUGGCCUCCAUGAGCGGGCAGUCAUCAGGAUGCUGUAUAACACCUACUGGGUACCGCUCGCAUCGCGUGGUAGCAAAUGGUGUGCAGCCUCUCAAUCUCAGCCAGAACCAGCAAACAACAGUGCUGGCCUCCCAGGAGAGAAGUGGAAAUGCUAUCCCACGUAGGCAGCAAGCUUAUGUGGCACCCCUUGCAUCAACUAUUUCUCAGGCUCCCUAUGCGUUCCAGCACAGCAGCCCAGUGCAUCCCCACCUGGCAGCAGCAACGGCAAGUGCACAUCUGUCCAGCCAGCCACAUAUGUACACUUACGCUCCAACCACUGCUGCAACCCUGGGCUCCACCACAUCCAUCGCCCACCUCUUCUCCCCUCAGGGCUCUUCACGGCACACCACGUACGCUGCCCAUCCCAGCACACUUGUCCACCAGGUCCCUGUGAGUGUUGGUCCAAGUCUGCUGACUUCUGCGAAUGUUCCACCUGCCCAAUACCAACACCAGUUUGCUCCCCAGUCCUACAUUGGUGCUUCCAGAGGAUCUACUAUUUACACUGGAUAUCCGCUGAGCCCUACAAAGAUCAACCAGUACUCAUACUUGUAGUUUCCAGAAAGCAAUGGGCCUGGGGGUUUGGAGAAGAAAUUUUGGUGAACAUUUACCUGGUAAUGACUGUCUGACUUUUUAUUUCUCCCUGAUUUCUUUUGUUUCUCCUUGUUAUGUUUCUUCCUGAUUUGCUUGUGUGUUCAAAAACAAUUCUCGUGAGUUCCAUCACUAACUGAACAGCAUGCUUUGUUACCAGUACGUUAGUGUUACCAAACUUGGUUAGUGUUACCAACUCUAAUUCAGUAUUGCUAACACUAACACUCAUUCAGUUUUUAAACUUUUAUUUACUUUUUUUUUUUUUUUUUGAAGAGAUGCUUUUAAAAGCUUUGUGGUCACAUUUAUUUAAAAUUGUUCCGUUGUGCUAAUCAAAAGGGCGAAGAACAUCCAUGUCUUGGAAGACAGAGCCUGAUGACUUUUUUAACAAAAAGACUAGCAGAUUAUAUUUUAGCAGCUUACACAAAUCCAUCUUUCCACAAAAACAUAAUGCAUGUUUAUCUGCUGGAGCAGUUUUAAAAUCAAGCUUAAUAUUUUAACAUUUGUUCUCUCAUUCACUUUGUCUCUAACAAAUUCCUGGUUCUGCAAAAGCCAUUUACAUGUUAAUGUCAAUGUUUUUUGUUUACUGCUCUGCUUUGUUUAAGGACUGGUCAAGGCAGCUGCCUCCUACUAGCAAUGUUACAUAUUCAGGAGUCCAUGUAAACUCUGAAGUCUGUUUAAUUUUCUUGACAAUUACGUGUCUCCAUUAACCAGCUGAAUUUUUAUUGCAUUCAUCACAGAAUUCUUCUAAGUUUUUCAAACUAUAUUCAAGAUCUCACUGUGUAACAGAACUCAGCAGCUUUGUCGGGAUGCUGCCAUCUUCAGCCGAGAGUGAACAGUGCAGCAUUGCUCUGAAAUUGGGUUUCUCUAACUUAUUAGAUGCUGGCCCUAUACUGGAGCUGGAUUCCUUCACAGAAGCACAGGGCUUUUCUUUGUUCUGUUUUUCUUAAUGUUUUUCCUCACGUGGUUCAUUGAGGAGGGAGUUGAAUUUGACAUACAAUGAAACAUCACUGUAUUGAUGUGUACAGCUUUUUAUACUCCUGGAUAUGUCAACAGCUACUUUAAAGCACUCUUAAUAAGACUUGUAUACAUUACAUGCAUGUAGGAAUUGCAAAAAAACAAAAAAGAGAGAAAGAAAAAGAAAAAAAAAAAGGAAAAAAAUCCAGAUUUUAAAGUUUAUUACUGAAUUUAAAACUAUUUUAGAAGUUUUGUAUUGGUGGUGUUUUAAUAUUUUACAUAAAAUUAAAUAUGUACAUAUUGAUUAGAAAAAUAUAACAAGCAAAACUUCCUGCUAACCCCAAAUGUUCUGUCUUUGUAAUCAAAAUGUGUAGUGAUUAUACUUGAAUUCUGUAUUUAGUGUUUGUCUAAUUCUUAAACGUUCCUGGGGAUGGAGUUUGAUGUAUCCUUUGUAUUUAAACCAAAAUGAAUUGAUUCAUGUUGGAAUGUAUGUGAUAUAAUGCAAUGGUUAGAGCUCAUCACUGUAGCACUGAGAGAGGAGUAGAGCUUCAUGAGAGACAAGGAUACCUUCUGAUUUGUUUUGCACAGGUAUGUGUGAUGAAGAGUUGUUUGGUGUGUCCCCUUAUUGUAGUGCCUUAAAUGAUGAUGUAGUGUGACUAGAGUUUACAGUGAGCUUGCCUUAUGAGGGACCAGCAAGCCCCCGUCGAAUUGAAGCAAUUCACUAAGCUUAUCACAGCAAGAACAGCAGUAUGUUGCAUAGGUGCAUUGUUCUCAGUUUUAAUGCUAAUAUCAUAAAAAAAACCUACAUUUUUGUUUGGAGUGAAGCGACGUUUCCUUAAAGCUUUUCCUUGACGAUGGCACAUAUACUGUUAAAUGUCUGUCAGUGCAUUUCGAAUAAGGUAGUGCUGGGAAUGCAUUGGAAUGUUUAGUCUAAUAUUGCAGAAGUGAUUAAAUAUGUGCAAUCACUUUUUUAUUAGGUUAGUAUGGCGUUACCUUCCCCCACGUUAAUAGCAGACAUUUCUUGUAAAAUAUUGCUAGCUUGGUGAUAGAAUAUUUAUACCAAAGAAAGCCUGCUGUAAAGCACAUAAUACCAUUUAAAAAUUUUAUAAUGCUACUGCUAAUGUGGAGUUGUUGGGAAGGUUUGUCAGCUGUAGCCCUAGUCAGUGUUCAGAGGAAAUACUCAUUUCCAUCUUCAGUAUGUAGAUUAAGUAUCUUGUCCAAGUGGAUGAUAAACUGGCUCGACGGUCGUGUUACUGCAGCAAUAAGAGGUUUGGG